GCGAGCGCGCGAGCGGCGGGCGCGGCAUGGCGAGGUCCCGGCGGCCGUGAGGAAGCGCGGGGAGACGGCGGUCGCCAUGUCGCCGGUGUGGUCGCUGGUGGGGGGGCUGCUGCUGAUGCUGCUAUGGGUACGGCACCGGGGGCUGGAGGCCGUGCUGGUGCACCACCGCUGGGUCUUCGUCUGCUUCUUCCUCAUGCCGCUUUCCAUCCUCUUUGACGUCUACUACCAGCUGCGCGCCUGGGCCGUCUGGCGCCUCCACAGCGCCCCGCGGCAGCACGGCCAGCGCGUCCGCAACAUCCAGGCGCAGGUCCGGGAAUGGAAGAAAGAAGGCAGCAAAAGGUACAUGUGCACUGGCAGGCCUGGCUGGCUGACUGUGUCCCUGCGUGUUGGCAAGUACAAGAAAAUUCAUAAGAACAUCAUGAUCAACUUAAUGGAUGUUCUGGAUGUGGACAGUGAAAGACAGGUUGUUCGUGUGGAACCUUUGGUGACCAUGGGCCAGCUGACUGCCUACCUGAACCCUAUGGGCUGGACUAUUCCUGUGGUACCAGAGCUUGAUGAUCUUACAGUAGGUGGCCUGAUCAUGGGGACCGGCAUUGAGUCUUCAUCCCACAUCCAUGGACUUUUUCAGCACACCUGUGUGGCCUAUGAACUUGUUCUUGCUGAUGGAAGCCUUGUGAGAUGCUCACCAACUGAAAAUUCAGACCUAUUUUAUGCAGUGCCUUGGUCUUGUGGUACUCUGGGUUUCCUGGUUGCAGCAGAAAUAAAAAUGAUCCCUGCCAAGAAAUAUGUCAGAUUGCAUUACCAGCCUGUGAGAGGACUGCAGAAGAUUUGUGAAAAGUUUGCUGAAGAGUCUAAGAAAAAGGAGAACAGCUUUGUGGAAGGGCUCCUGUAUUCUCUGGAGGAAGCAGUCAUCAUGACAGGAGUCUUGACUGAUGAAGCUGAGCAAAGCAAGGUAAACAGAAUUGGUAACUACUACAAGCCAUGGUUCUUUAAGCAUGUGGAGCAGUAUUUGAAAGAGGACAGGACUGGAACAGAGUACAUUCCCUCCAGACAUUACUACCACAGGCACACACGCAGUAUCUUCUGGGAACUCCAGGACAUCAUUCCCUUUGGCAAUAACCCUGUUUUCCGUUACCUGUUUGGCUGGAUGGUUCCUCCCAAAAUCUCGCUGUUGAAGCUCACCCAAGGGGAAGCCAUCCGGAAGCUGUACGAGCAGCACCACGUCGUGCAGGACAUGCUGGUGCCCAUGAAGAGCCUGGAGAAAUCCAUCCAAACCUUCCACGAUGACCUUCAUGUGUACCCUCUUUGGUUAUGUCCUUUCAUACUGCCUAAUAAUCCUGGUAUGGUCCACCCAAAAGGAGAUGAGGCAGAACUCUACGUGGAUAUAGGAGCUUACGGAGAGCCCAAAAGGAAACAGUUUGAAGCCAGGGCUUCAAUGAGGCAGAUGGAGAAGUUUGUAAGAAGCAUGCAUGGUUUCCAGAUGCUGUAUGCUGAUUGCUACAUGACCCGGGAGGAGUUCUGGGAUAUGUUUGACGGCUCCUUAUACCACAAGCUGAGGGAGGAGAUGAAUUGCAAGGAUGCCUUUCCAGAAGUGUAUGACAAAAUCUGCAAAGCUGCAAGGCACUGAGCUUGGGUGACCUAAUCAAGCAAUCAGGGAAAGAUGAAUUUUACCUAUAGCUAGUCAAUAGAUACCCUUUAAAACAACAAACAAACAAAAAAGCUUUAUUGCUCUCCAAAUCAGCUCCUUCCCAUCGAUGUUUGAAGAGAUGAAUUCCUGCUUUAUACUUUUAUGUUCAGUAUUUCUUUGGAUGUUUUAAACCCCAUUUUCCAUAUUUCUUUGGGGGCUUUAAACCCCAUUUUCCAAACUCAGAAGUGAUUGUUUCUAAGAGAUCUCACGUGCUAGCCUUUGUUAUCUGAUGUAGGCGAGCUCACCUGUUUCCAAGUGGUGCAACGGCAAACGGUUGGCUGAGGAUUGACUGGAGUGACCCCAGCUGGAUGCUAUAGCUAUGGCUGAGCAUGACCAUUGGAAAUGGUGGGGGAGGGCUCAGAAAUAGGUGCCAAAGCUGAAAGCAUUGUCAAAUGAAUGAUGGUGUUAAAGCCACUUGCCUCCAGUGGGGAACCUGUAGGACAGCUCAGCGAUGGUACCGCACGGUGCUGUGCUGCCGGUGUCCUACUGUGCCAUCAGCUCAGCAGAGCACUGGAACUCCCUGACAGUGACAGUUUCAGUUUCAAACCUGAGCACUGGGGGGGG